AUGAUUGCGCUCGCGGGCGCGCUCGCGGUGACGGCGCCGCGGCGCGCCGACGCGGCGGGCCAGCCGAUCGAUUGGUUGAUGCAGUCGACGUUCGACGAAGACGUCGAUCUCGUGGAGAUCAUCAAGGCGUCGGCGAAGGGAGACGCGGCGGCGGGGUCGGAGUCGUGGCGACGCGAGGCGGCGGAGAAGAGACGCGAGACGGCGAAGGAAAAGGCGACGACGACGACGGACGAAGAGCGCGAACCGGCGGACGUGGGGAAGACGGCGACGAAGUUUGGGAAGCUUGGGGUGAUUUUGGUGCUCGCGGACGUGGUGACGGCGGCGGUGAUGGGGAAGAGCGUGCUCGGCGUGGCGAAGUCGUUGGAGCGCGAGAUGGAGUUGGACGAAAACGGCGAAGUCGUGGAGGUGAAGAAGGUGGAGAGUGGAGAUUGGAAGGACGGGAUCGCGGAUAAGCUCAUGGAUAGGAUCAAGGAAAAUCAACGCAUCGCCGAAAAGGGCGCAGAGGAAUCUGAAGAUUGA